GCCAAAUCGCAUGCGCAUAUUGUAAUAAAAUCGAAACACUACAAUGCUAUCACCACGGUACGUAUUUAAAUUGUUGUAUGUUUGAUGGGGAUAAAGUGAUUACAUUUUUGGUUUUGUCGCCACGCUCGACGCUGCUCUAUUAGUAACAAUCGCACUGCACUCGUACGCAAAAAAAUGACUGGAAGUGUACUCGACAAAAUUGGGGUGUUGUGCAUUGCCAUUGUGGGAUUUCAGCUGUGCCGAUUUUUAUUUAGGGCAGUUUACAACAAUUUUUUGGCCAACUUUUUGGGGCUUAGCUCCGUUAACUUGAAAGAAACAGGAAAAUGGGCAGUCGUAACUGGAGCUACAGAUGGAAUUGGAAAAGCAUACGCUGAACUUUUGGCGAAAAAAGGACUAAACAUAGUCCUGGUAAGCAGGACUCAAUCGAAAUUGGAAAAUGUUGCGACUUAUAUAGAAUCAAAUUAUAAUGUGGAAACCAAAACGAUAGCCGUUAACUUCACACAAUUAGAACACACUUACCAUCUAAUCGAAAAACAAUUAACUGGACUAGAUAUAGGAAUAUUAAUUAAUAACGUCGGGAUGAGCUACCCGUACCCAGAAUAUUUCCUUGACUUGAAAAACAACGAAGAAAUCUACGACAACAUUAUAAAAUGCAACAUUUACUCUGUAACGAAUAUGUGCAAAAUAGUGAUGCCCGGUAUGGUGGAAAGACGUAGAGGCGUCGUCGUAAAUCUAUCAUCCACUGCAGCCCAAAUCCCGAGCCCACUUCUCACCGUCUACUCGGCCUCCAAAGCUUACGUCGACAAAUUUUCGGCCGAUUUGGCUUCAGAGUACUCGAAAUACGGCAUCACGGUGCAAUGCAUUCUGCCUGGAUACGUGGCCACCAAUAUGUCGAAAAUCAAGUCGUCAACUUGGAUGGCACCGAGCCCACUUAAAUACGUCGGUGAAGCCCUUAAAACCGUCGGAGUCCAACAAAAAUCAACCGGGUAUUAUCCUCAUACGCUUUUGGUUGGUGUUGUGCAUACUUUGGAAAGCAUUUCGCCAAAACUAUCCAGAUGGUUGGUUAUAAGAACCAUGGAGAAUAUUAGAUCCAGAGCCCUUAAGAGGGCUAAUAGAACUAAUUAGGUUUUAGAGUUUUAUUUAUUAUUUUGUUAUGUAACGGUCUUAUUUAUUAAAAAUUAUCACCAG